GAUAUUGCUGAUAUUGUGUGAUCUGAACUCUAGUAGACAGCAUGAAAAAUUAAAGCCAAAACAGUAGAGCCUGAUGUCACUCAGUAGUCCCAGAUUUCCACCAUCGCCAGCGUGUAAUAAAAGUCUUGCAAUGACCGGGGGGACGCUGGCUGUCAAAUGUGUUCAAAAUUCUUUCAAGAGUUUGAAGUUGCAGGUGAUCCCUGCCACAGCUCAGCACAGUAUCUACACGUAGUAAGGCACAAUAUAAUGAAAAUAUAUAGUAAUAUAAUACAGUAAAAACACACUAAGAAAUAUGUCAACUUAUGUACAAACUUGAAUUAUAUAUGAGGUAGUAUAUAUCUGAAAGUAUUUGUAGUAGAGCUGUGCAAAUGGCAUUGUAAACAUAUGGCAAUAGUGCAAAAAUGACAACAUGGGAAAACUCAUCUCAUCAGCAGGAUCAUAUGAUAUGAUGGAAAGCUCCAGAACAGCUACUUAAUGGACCUUGUGGUUAGAUUGUUUUGUUGUCUACUGUAGGAUGGAGUUCAGUAUUGAGUAGACUCCCUUCAUUGACAAAGAGGGGCCCUGCUGAAACCAUGAAAAACAUCCCCAGAACAAAAGUACACAAAAGUUUAUGGACAGCUGGUGUCCACAUACUUUUGGCCAUAUAAUCUAAGUUAGAUUUGGUCUUUUUAAUGUGGGCAUAUGGUAAACAUGUUAAAUAAAACAGUGACAUUCAUCCCUCCAUUAUCUUCAAAGCCCAGUUGUUGAGGAUAAGGAGAACCACACUAUAUACUGCUGUUAAGACCGGCACAAUCACUUAUCUGCACUGAAUGUAAGCCAGAUGUUAUAUUCCCCAAUUAUUUAUUUCUAAGCAACAGCUGCCGCUGUAGCACGGUGACAUUUUCAACAAGCACGCUGUCUGGUUGUACUGAGUUAGUUAGUGAGCAACAGCAUCCAGCACAAGCAGCGGGCGUUCACUAACGCUAAUGCCAUUUAAUGCGAUUUCACUAAUAUUUGGUGUGAUUAUUUAUCAUUUCACACCAUUAGCUUUGUUUCAGCGCGGCGUGAGUGAAAGAUCGUAUGUCAGUGACGUCACACCGUGCUGGUGCAAUUAGAUCGUUGAACGCAAACGACCGAUGAUGACGGUGCUACCGUUUUUUUUCUUUCACCGACUGGCUGUGUCGGCCACCAUUUUGGGAGUCAAAACACCCAACAAAUAGUAGCGCACACCUCCACGCUUCUCCGUGGCCUUACUAUGGUGCACACAUGUGUGGUGGCAGGCUGUAGGAACAGAAGGACGCCCGGCACCACCUUAUCUUUCUACCGAUUCCCCCGGGACCCCGAGAGGAAGCAGCGCUGGAUAGCUGCUGUGAACCGGGAGGGCUGGGUGCCCAACGACGGCAGUCGGCUGUGUAGUACUCACUUCAUCUCAGGUAAACAGGUGAAGAACCCACGUUCGCCAGAUUAUGUUCCUUCUGUGUUCACGACAGCUCCCUUGUCCCCAGAGAUGAAGGAGCCGGGUGCCUUAGAGAUCCUGGACAAGCAGGAAGCACGAGUGGAGGCGGCCAACGCCUUGUUGUUCCUGCAGGGCCAGGGCAGGUCGGUGGUGGGCGAGCGGGGUCAGGCUGAACAUCCUGCGGAGAGGGAGCAGGAGGCCGUGGUGGAGGAAAGUGCCUCCUCUUCCCUCAGCACUGAUGAAGAUGACGAUGAUGAUGAUGAAUCUGUGAGUGACAGCAAGAAAGGAAAGUUUGCUCAGACGUCUGAUACACCGGUUAACUUUGAUGACAUCCUGAAAGCCUUGAAGAAGGAGAACCAGACUCUCAGGGAGUCUGUGGAGAAAAUGUCCCUCUCUGAGAACUCCUUGAGGAACGAUGCAGAGAAGGUGAAGUUUUACACCGGUUUACCCAACUAUUUUGUUUUAGAGACAGUCAUGUGGCUCCUGGCACCUCAUAUGGAUGGUAUCAAGAACAUGAAGCUCUCCAAGUUCCAGCAGCUUCUGCUGACACUGAUGCGACUCCGUCUGGACCUCCGCAACCAAGACCUGGCCUACCGCUUUGGUGUCAAAGUCGGCACGGUAACCAGAACCGUGCAUCGGAUGGUCAACAUCAUGUCCUCCACCCUGGUGCCCACAGCUGUCUUCUGGCCCUCCAGAGCCGAGCUGCGCAAAAACCUACCGGCGGCCCUGCACUCGUCCUACCCUGACUGCGCGGUCAUCAUAGACUGUUUCAUGGUGCCUUUUGAGGAGCCGGUUUCCCGGGGCAACGACCAGCAGCAACAACAGGUGGUGGGGACAAGUUGUAACGUGUUAAAAUAUCUGAUUGGUGUGGCUCCGCAGGGCGUUGUCACCUUCGUCUCUAGGGGUGUGCUGGGAAACGUCAGCGACAAGAGCCUGGCUGAGGGCUGCGGGUUUCUGUGCAAGCUUCUGCCAGGCGAUGUCGUAUUGGCGAGUCGAGAUCUCGACAUCGCCGAUUCUGUGGCUGCCCGCGGAGCCCUGUUUAAAAUCGCUGGUAUCUACCAAGGAGAAGCGUACGGGAGCUCAGAGAGCUCACCACUGACUAACGCUUCCUCUGAGACAGUGAGCGUGCAGACGCAUGUGAAGAGGGUGAUCUCCAUGGUGAAGCAGAGGUACGCCAUGCUUACAGGUCCUGUGGAGAGCCCCUUUACCACGGCCUCUGAGCGCACGUCGAACCUCUCAACCUUUGAUAAGAUUGUGCAAGUUGCCUGUGCCUUAAACAACCUGUGCAUCUCUGCCGCUCCACUAGAGUGAUUCGUACAGAAAUGCCUAGUCUUCCUUAAUGCUGGUCAGGCACAUAAGUUCCCUUUACUGCUUUGGACCUUAUUCCAUGCUCUCCCACUACAUCCUUGUGUCAACAAGACAUGAUUACUACAGAACAUUGAUUUAUACUCACCCACUUUGAUUUACUCAGUCGGUGUAUGUGUUACUCCCUGUUAUUUAUGACAGAUCAUACUUGCAAAUACAAGCACUUCUCCCAAAGCCAGAAACCGCACUGCAAAGAUGUGAUGUCAUUAAGUUAUGCAACUCAACUAAAUGAGGAUUUUGUUUUGUAUUUGAGUUUGGAAUGACAAUGACGUGAGUAAAAUGCACCUGAAACUCAUUGUCAUUAGCCAUUUGUAAAUACUGAGGUAUAUAAGCGGCAGUUUGGGUGAUCCAGGCAAAAUGUUCCCACUAAUCCCAUUUUUUUUUUCAUUCCCACAAAUUCCACAAAUCACUGAUUCCUCCCUGUAUUGUAGAGAGGUGGUUUGUUGGUGAAGCCAGCUGUUUGCCCAUUCUGUGUAAUAUAGAAAAACAAGAUCAGUACAUACAAUACAAAAAGAAAUAAAAGGGGUUCAGACAAGAACAGCAUGCACAGUAAUACAGCUGUCAGAAGAAGAAGUCUCUCCUGCUUGUUCACCAUGCUGGGAUAGAAACGUGCCAUGGUCAAUGACGGUUAUGAUAGAUUACUGGGUGAAAACUAACCUUUAUUUUGGCAUUGUCACACAUUUUGCUAGCCAACUAGAUUUUUAACAAUAGGAUGACUAGCUACCUGUCAGCACGGACAAACAUACCACACACAGACCAAUUUGUUUGUGCCAGAGUCUAGUGAUCAUUUAUCUGUUGUGCUCUCUGGCGUUAUAGAAACACAACUCAUUUCCAGGGUUUCUGACAACAGCUUCCUUCCUUGGAAUGGCAAUGUCUACUUCAACAAGGCUACUGGUAUUGAUGAUUUUUACACAAAUUGUACAGCCUUCCCUACAUGGACUUCUGCUAUUGGUUGGUGAAAUAACUGAAAUGGACCAAAUAGAAAUAUUUUUCACGACAGGUCAAGGUGAGCUGUGAGACAGUGCUCAUGGAGCGUUAGGCCAGGCGGAUGCUUGUCCACUCAGUGGUUCCAACCUCAGCUGUAUAAUUAAAAAUGAUGUCAAUAUUUACUAUGCCACAAUAGUGUUUAAGGUUUUGCAGGUUACAUUUUUAAAAGUAUUGAAGUACAGCAUUUCAACGAACAAUUAAGUCUUCUAAUUUAAUAGGAAGCUUGAGAUUUCUCAAAAAUUGUCUUGUUAUUGAGGAAGACAAACACCGUUUCCCAUCUUUCCACCCUAACCUUCCAUAACAUAUACGUCAGUCUGCAGGGCAAACUCAUUAAAUACAGCUCAAUAGAUAUGUUCUUUACAGUCAUAUUGAAUCAGAGUAUCAUAAGAAGUGAUUGAAAGAGAUGUUAUGAGAUGGGGUUUUUUUUUUUUUCUCGCUGAAGGCAACCAGUGUUCCCUAUGAGUUUUUUUUUUUCACAGUGUUGUUUGACGGGGUUUAAUUAACACUUUGUUUAGCUGAGCACAACGUCAUCUUCAGCAGAAUGUACAUUGAAUUUGUGACAAAUGAAUUCUCUUUGCCUUUAGGCCAUUCAAUGUGUUCUGUGUUCUAAUUGAUCAUAAGCGUUUUGGAUCACAAUUGUAUAACAGAGACGUUUGUGUCCGUUAGAGUACAAGGCUGGAGGCUACUUUCAAGACGUCAAGGUUUCUCUGCUAAAGAACUGAUUUUUUUGAUGUUUUUAAUAGUUUGUCAAAUAACCUGAAAAAAUUGUUUUGAUAUGUGUCUUGGAAAAAAAAAAAAGAUCUCAUGAUUAUUUCAGAGUUGUUUGCAUAAGAAGACUGUGCUUCUUGAAAUGCCUCUUUGGUUGUCCUCCAUUGCUGGUGCCUUAGUUUGUAAAGCUGGUACUGCUGUUACAAAUCAGCCUGCGUUUUCUACAGAUAUUUAUUUUUGCAUCAUACAGUAUGCUUUAGACCCUAAAUGUGUAUGUAUACCCAAUUAACACUAUCGUGUGAAGCAUCUUUUAUUUGAGGUUUUUAUUCCUUGGCAUUAUUCACUUACCUGUGUGUGUGUGUGUGUGUGUGUAUACAGUUUUAAAAAAAAUGUUCCUACUUCUUUUUUAUGUUUUAUAAUAUUUCCCUUCUAGCAUUUAAUGUGUAUAAAUUCCAAAUGAUGUUAUUAUACGUAGAUUUUAACUUAUUUUCACGUAUCUCAGAAGUUGUGUGGGAUUAAACAUUACAACGGCA